CACUAGCUGCGAAGACCAGCUGCGCUUCCGGUUUCCGGUGCUACUGUGUGUGUGAAGAACCCGGAAGAGCAAUGGGCAACAGCUGGUUUGCCUGGAAAGAUGGCUCUUUGUGUGCCACUUCCGGCAUGCGUGCUCUAGGUUCACCAUCACGGGUCCAGCCAGUAGGCUGUGAGAGAAAACCGUCCAUGCUGAAUGCAGCUUUUGGUAGCAGUUGGGUGGAAAUCAGAAAUUGCUGGCGGUUUGCCUUGGCAUGGGUUCCCAAGGCCUUGCGUCCUCCUCUUCCUCUUCUCCUACUUGAGCUCAGGUUCAUGAUGGUCUUCAGUGGGCAUGCCUAGCAUUGGGUCAGGGGUGUCCUUUCCCCCCCUCCCCCAUUUGUUUGUCUUUCUCCCUGCAGAGCUCGUGAUCCCUCGGAUACCGCUGGAAAAUGGUGUUCCAGGAAUCCCCCGAUGGCGGUUGGGGAUGGGUGAUAGUCCUCAGCUCCUUCUUCACCCAGUUCUUGUGCUACGGGUCGCCCUUGGCGGUUGGGGUGCUCUACGUGGAAUGGCUGGACCUCUUUGGAGAAGGGAAAGGAAAGACCGCCUGGGUCGGAUCCCUGGCCAGUGGAGUGGGGCUGCUUGCAAGUCCCAUCUGCAGCACCUGUGUCUCCGCUUUUGGUGCACGGCCAGUGACCAUCUUCAGUAGCUUCAUGGUUGCAGGAGGCCUGAUGAUGAGCAGCUUUGCUCCCAAUAUCUACUUUCUGUUUUGUUCCUAUGGAAUUAUUGUUGGACUUGGAUGUGGCUUAUUGUACACAGCCACCAUCACAAUCACGUGCCAGUACUUUGACAAACGUAGAGGCUUUGCGCUGGGUCUCAUUUCCACAGGCUCCAGCAUUGGCCUUUUCAUCUAUGCCGCCUUACAGAAAGAGCUGAUUGAACUGUAUGGGUUGGAUGGCUGCCUGCUGAUCACUGGUGCUCUCUCUCUAAACAUCCUACCUUGUGGCAGCCUGAUGAGGCCUCUGCCGGUGGUCCAGAAGCCCGAUCCGGAGAAGGUUCCAGAUCAAUACCUCCUUUACCCCAGAAAAGAGAAGCCCUCCCAUGAAGAACACGUCACCAUACCCGAGAAGGCCCAGAGUGAGGGGAAAGGGGAGAACCAGGGGCCGCUCAGCAACCACCAAGCGAAUGGACUCCCAGUUCACAGCCAGCUGCUCUUGGCCGCCUCAAGAGAAGCAGACAGCUACCCAAAGAAAGUGGCAGAACAAACUUACCUCUGCAAACAACUGGCUAAGCAGAAGUGGGGCCUGUAUUUAAAGUACUGGGAGGACACCCUGAGCCUUUUUCAAAACAAAGUCUUUUCUGCCCUCUUCAUUGCCAUCUUCCUCUUCGACGUUGGCAGCUUCCCUCCUUCCUUGCUCAUGGAGGACGUGGCGAGGAGCUCAAAUAUCACGGAGGGGGACGGCGUCAUCCCUCUGAUCUCCAUCAUUGGCAUUAUGACUGCUGUGGGGAAGCUGGCCCUGGGCGCCCUGGCGGAUGUAGACUGGAUCAAUGCUUUGUAUCUCUACGUCCUGACGUUGAUCUUGAUGGCGGGAGCCCUGGUGUUAAUCCCCUUUGCCCAGAGCUACAGCACUCUGGCAAUCCUUUCGGGGGUUUUAGGGUUCCUGGCGGGAAACUGGUCGAUUUUCCCAUAUGUCACAACCCAGACGGUGGGGAUCGAGAAACUGACCCAUGCCUAUGGCAUAUUGAUGUUUUUCGCCGGGCUUGGAAACAGCCUUGGACCCCCAGUUGUAGGUUGGUUUUAUGAUUGGACUGCUUGUUAUGACCUGGCUUUCUACUUCAGUGGCCUGUGUGUGCUCUUCGGAGGGCUUCUCCUCCUGGUGGCUGUGCUUCCCUGUUGGCCUGGGACAAACCCUACUAUUGGCCCAAACCCCUAUUCCUCCACAGCUGCCUCCCGAGUGUAAAUGGAAUAGUUGCUGCUGUUUUUAUACCGAGACUUUUAGUAAACUUUUACAUCUAUUUAUAAAGGUUUUUAAGACACUUUUGAUACUUCUUUCGAAACACUUGGACCUUUGAGCCAAAACAUCAAGUCCUGGCCAUGGCAACUUAAGUUCCAACAACACGACGGGGCCUUAUGCUUUGCCAUUGCCCAUCAUUAGCCACGCACUGCUUGUGCCUAGGAGUGACAAUGCCGGAUUGCAACUGACCAAGAGACUUUGAAGGUGUGGUGAAGCUGAGCUCUUGAGACGGAGCUUCUCUUGACGAGCAUCCUACUCCAUCUGAGGCUGAGUGUGCAAGCCGGGGCAAGUGUGCAAAACGUUGGAUCAGCCUCCUGAAGGAGGUUCCUCUUCUCAUUCACCUUGUAUUGUUACUACAGUUUUGCUAGGUAUUUUCUGGUGCAACCGAUGUAUUUUAUACUCAUUGACAUGUAAUAUUUGUACUUAAUUUUGUCCAAGUUGGCACAGUACUUCUUCCCUCUUUAGGAAUCUUAAUAAUAUUGCUUGGUAAGGGGUGGUGGAGGAAAUACACCACCCUGAGUGUUGUGAAAGUGACCGAAGAUCCUGUUUUCUCUGAGGAAUCUGGUGAAUUGCCAAAAGAUUCCACGAUCUAUGAAAUAAACAGCACAACAAGAAUGUAGCAUUUAAUACCAAUGAAGAUGUUGGAUGGCAAAAAAAAAAGUUACUGCAUCUUGCAUUAGGAACUGUUCAAAUGAUUCAACUGAAAUCUAUAAAGCCAA